AUGGUCAAAGAAUAUUCAUCUACUCUGUGUCGCGAUUCGGCCGUGGAGAAAAUUUUGACAUCAAACUCCCAUCACGAAAUUCGACAACAGGAUCCCAAGUUGAUGCUGAGCAACAAUCGGUUCUGCACCCAGGAAUUCCCGACGACGUCGACGAUGUCGAGUUUGUCGCCGAAAUCCGCGUCGGUGAAGGAAGAGACUAUCAAGUCCGAGUGUCUUGAAAAUUCGCAAGCGUAUGAUGACUUGUACAGUUUCCAGCCAGCGUCUUCCUCUUCUGGAAACACUUUGGGUCUCAGCAGGCAGUACGUCCGUACUGAGCGUUCGUACUUGAAAAAAAGAAAUACUAAUACUCAGUUUGCUUUGUAUUCCUUGAUUUACUCGAUCGACACCGACGUACUUGCGGCUGCUGACAUUCGAUUGUUCUGUCUUCGAUAUCAGAUGAAAUCUCGCGACUUUUCUGUUAAAGUUACGCUGCAGAAGAAGCUGCAUUAUCCGGGUGACAGGAAAGUGUCGCAAAACCAGUUGGAUGACUGGUUGUUCCUCGGGAUUGCAUCACCAGUCAAAUCUGCGACCAUUCUUGGACUCACGUUAUACCAGACCAUGCAAGACGAGUAUUACACCAGACACAUGUUAGACGGCCGCAUUGUCAACUCCGAUCAGAGGUCAGGCUUUUUGUUUCAACGCCUGUGUUCGUGUAAAUUUAAAAAAAAAAGUGUAAUUCAAAUCAAGCUGACU